GAAAGUGGCUGGCGGAAGGAGGAUUGGUGGCUGGGGCCGCGGAAAGGGCUUGAUGGGUUACUUAUGCGGAGCUCGGAGAGGCUGGAGAAGCCCAUGGUGUCGCCAUUUUGCAUUCUAAGUGUUUCCAUGAACGAUAGCUGAGGGUAGAGGUGGACUGAAAACUAAUCCCUUGCGUUGCGCAUUUUGUGAGCCGCCAGAUACGUUAGGUGGUAUGUGUCACUCACCUACUGCCCCCUCGGUAGCGAUCAUCGUGCGAACGCUUACUGCGUGUGCCAGCAUUGCUUCCGAGUAAGCAGACACAGGAAUGGAUCGGGGCCUUACAGCAUUCAGUUUCCGAAUCUUCCCCGCCUCCUUUCCGGGAUAGUCCAGAUUUUUCUUUUUAGGUAGGAAUAACUAUCCCUCCACCUCAGAAUAUACACGUGCACUGCCGCUACUAGAUGCUGUGUGAAAAGUGAGAAAAUGUCGGUGACCCGGCUUGGAAAGGUUGUUCCCCAAACCAGCAUCCUAUUCCUGUGUGACAUGCAGGAGAAAUUCCGGCCCAACAUCAGCUACUUCCCUCAGAUUGUGUCUGUGGCAGCUCGGAUGCUGAAGGUUGCCAAGGCUCUUGAAAUCCCCAUCGUGGUCACAGAACAGUACCCCAAGGGCCUGGGUCUGACAGUGCAAGAGCUGGGUGCCGAAGGGCUUCCAAAAUAUAGCAAGACGUGUUUUAGCAUGCUCAUCCCAGAGGUGGAAAAGGAGAUGGCGGCUGUUCCCAACCUGAAGUCUGUGCUUCUCUGUGGGAUCGAGACGCAGGCCUGCAUCAUGAGCACAGCACUGGACAUCUUGGAGCGAGGACUGGAUGUUCACGUUGUGGCGGACGCUUGCUCUUCCCGUAGCCAGGUGGACAGGAUCGUGGCCCUCUCCCGGUUGCGCCAGAGCGGCGCCUUUCUUACCACCAGUGAAGGACUCAUCCUGCAGCUCGUCAGAGAUGCUGCGCACCCCUGUUUCCGAGAGAUCCAGAAGCUGAUUAAGGACCCUGCUCCAGACAGCGGCCUUCUUCCUCUCCUGCAAGGACCGAGUUCCCUUCUCAGCUAGGCUGGUGACCCUCCUUCUCCUCUGGUUCACCUUCAGAUUAGUCACUGUUGCUGCUGCUGGACAGAGAGAACCAGAGUCAAGACUUUCAAACUUGCUUUUUUAAACUGGGAGAUACAACAGCUGUAGCCUGCAUGGGCACCCUGCACCUAAAUUCUAGAUUUGUGGGCCUUUCUGUGGGUAUUCAGUGGGAUGGAAGGGCUGUUGGGAGCAUGUUUUUUUUCCUUUUCUUGGCAUGUGCCUGGUCUGAGUCCUGCUGUUUAAAAAAUUAUUCUGGGCCUAACCCUGAGUUCAGAUUAAGUCUCUCUUGUGUCUUCUUAUGGGCCAAUGUAUCUUCUUGGUAAGGAAUUUUAUAUAAGGAUAAAAAUCUACACUCAAAUCCCGGAUUCUGCGAUGAGAGAAAAUCUAUACUCUGCAAUCGGAAUAAAUCAUUUUGAUUUUUUUGCACUAA